GCCAGCCGGAACGGAAUUCCUGACGUGUCAGAAACCCAGGAACAUGCAUAAAACCUCCUACAAGAUAAGCCUAGCACAUCGAAAUAACUUUCUUUCCUUAACAUUGGACUGACGUUGUGCCUUCAAUCAAGAUGAAUAGAAACGUAGAGGUAACAAACUUGCCCUUCAAGGUGGGACAGGUCCUGACUGUCACAGGGGUCCCCAACCGAGACGGCGAUAGAUUUUCCAUCAACUUUGGUCACAGUGUGGAUGACAUCGCUCUGCACUUGGAUGUCCGCUUCAAUUAUGGAAAUAAUUCUAAGAUGGUGGUGUUCAACUCCUGCCAUUCAGGAAAUUGGCAUGAGAAAGAACUAAUUGUCAAAUGCUUCCCCUUCAACUACGAAGAGAAGUUCAAAGUAUCCAUCACCUUCACAAAGGAAAAGUUCUCAGUCACCCUUCCUGAUGAAUCCAAGUACCAAUUCCCCAAUCGCCAUGGAUACGGGAGGUAUAACUUCAUAUUCAUGGCAGACGAGGUCAAGGUUCAUGGGGUUGAAGUCAUCUAGACCAUUCAGGAUGAGUUGAAGACAAUCCACCUUAGAAGCCCCAAACAUAUUUUGGCUGCUUAUUGGCUUCUAGACCUUCCUAAAUUAAUAACUGUUAUGAUUAGAAUAUUUAGUUUUAGUCUUGAAAUAUUUUCUUAAUUCUUGUUUGGGUUUAUUUGCAAAAUGACUUAAGUACUAGCAGGACGAGGUUAACGAGGACUGGUAUAAUAUGAUGUGAUUGGAACAUCUGUGUCUUCCAUUAUCAAGGUCACUAACCAGUCUUGUAUUAAAAAUGUUUUUCACUAUUCAGACAAUUAAGAAUUGAUUCAAUAUCAAAGUUAGUUAACUUCCAAAGAUGUUUCACUUGUUAGCCACAGGUUGAUAACUAUAACAAUCAUAUGGUCUGACUGUAUUGCAGUAAACACAAUAAACAAAUGCUUUGCUUCGA